GAAGAGGACCUAAACAAGAGGAAACCCCAAGGAGCCCUGCAGAAAUUUUGGGACUUCUUCAGUCGGAAGGAAAGAUAGCAGAAUGGACGAUCUCAACGGACUCAUAUUGGGGGAGAAGGAAACUGUCUCCUACUUGACCCUGAAUGUCACCAUCCUGAGGGCCAAAACUAAGUCUUACGACUACUUCUCUAAAUCUGACUGCUAUGUCACACUCUCACUCCCUACGGCGUCAACGAGCACCAGGCGUACGAAAACUAUUUCGAACAAUAACAAACCUGAGUGGAAUGAAAGCUUCACCUUCAGGGUCCCCAGACAAUUGAAAAAUGUCCUGGAGAUGAACCUGUUUGAUAAGGAUUCUUUGAGUGCUGAUGACCUGAUUUCCACGGUUAACUUUGACAUCACAAAGCUCACUGUGGGGAAGACGGAGACCAAGGUGUUUCCUUUAAACCCUGAGACAAAGGGUGAACUUGUCAUUGAGUUUGAGCUCCUUUUGAGUGAGGAGACACAUGAUUAUGUCACUAACGGCAUCCUGAUGGCUGGCCCAUUCUCAGCCUUGCAUAUCCAAGUUGACAAGCCAACAAAUUGUGAUGUGCUUGAUGGAAAGGUGCUGAAAAUAAAGGGCGCCUACCCAGAAAACCAGACAAUACAUUCAGAGGACCAGAGCCUGUGUUUCUACAUCAACAGAGACCUGGAAACUGAACUUGAACUGGCAACUGAUGCCGAUGCAGAACCUGUUGCUUCCAUCAAGCUGCCUCCACUACAGGCCCAAAAUACAGGAAAAGUCUCUCUAGUCGUUGACAAGGAUACAGUGGAUUUUGCUUUAGCAACAGAUGAAGGCACGAAGAAAGAUCUUUUCGCUCGCAUUGACUACGACAUCCCAACACAAGAGAAAGAAUAUCUGCAGAAGAGGAAGGCCGUAGUGGCGCAAGCUGUGGAGAAGGUUUUAGGCCUCAACACUCGACUUCGAUCCGGUGAGGUGCCAAAUGUAGCAGUGGUGUCUUCAGGUGGAGGAUCUAGAGCCAUGACGGGCCUGUUUGGUAGUCUGAGGGCCCUGAAGGAACUCGGCAUCCUGGAUGCUGCCACGUACAUCACUGGAGUGUCUGGAUCCACCUGGACUAUGUCUGCUUUGUGUCAGGAAGCUAAUUGGUCACAGCAGGACAUCAACACCUUCAUCUCAGCAAUAAGGGAAAAUCUCGGCAGGUCAGAGCUGAGCCUUUUCAGUUGGAAGGAAUUAUACUAUUACUAUUCAGAGCUGAAAAAGAAAGCUGAUGACGGCUACUCUGUGUCGGCCGUUGAUUUGUUUGGCCUGGUCUGUGAGAAACUCAUUUUUGGGAAGAAACUGACCAGUACCCUGUCAGACCAGCAGAAGACAGUGAAUGAAGGUCAAAACCCUUUCCCUAUAUACACUGCUGUCAACAUAAAGGAUGUUGUAGACUGUGAAACUGAAAAGGAGUGGUGCGAGUUCACCCCCUGCGAGGUGGGCCUUCAAAAAUAUGGGGCUUUCAUCCCCAGUGAGUCCUUAGGAAGCCAGUUCCUCCUCGGCCAUAAGAUCAAGGAACACUCACAGAUCCGCCUGCCUUAUCUGAUUGGAAUAUGGAGCAGUUUCUUCUCUACGAGCAUAUCCGAACUUUUGGAUGCCGUUAUGCAAAAUCCAGAUGAUUCGAAUGCCUCGAUGGAAGAAGAUGAGAGCACCAGAGGAGAUGACUCAGAAGCACUUGAAACCAGAAAUUUAUCAACAGCGUCAACUUGCAGUUCACUUAAUGAACUCCUCAAGGAUCGUCCAAUCAUCUCUGAGAUGCACAAUUUCACGCAUGGUUUCUUCCUGCGUUCAAACUACGAUAAAUACAGCCACUUCCAGGCACAAAAAGAGAACCACCCGGAUGCCUUCCCAUACAAGCUGACCCCCAGUGACCCCAUUCUACACUUGGCUGAUUCUGCCCUAGACAUCAACAUUGGCUGUCCACCGAUCCUGCGACCAGAGAGAGACGUUGAUGUCAUCAUAAGCCUGAACUAUGCAUGGGACCGGCAGGACAUGCUCAAAGUCAUUAAGGAUACAACAGAAUACUGCAAAGAACGCAACAUCCCCUUCCCCAAUGCUGACUAUGACAGUCUGGAAAAAGAGCCUACAAAGGAAGUCUACAUUCUGGAGGAUAAGGAGAAUCCCAAGGCUCCCAUAGUGAUUCACUUCCCUCUUGUCAACAGGACAUACAGAGACUACAAAAGUCCUGGUGUGAAACGUGUGACUGAGGAGGAAAUAGAAGCUGGGAAGGUAGACGUGGACAGUGAGAACUCUCCAUACACCACCAUCAACCUGUGCUACUCCAAUGAGGAUUUCGAUGCUCUGGUGGACCUCACCACUUACAACAUCCUGAAUAACAAGGAGAGCAUCCAUGAGGUCCUCCAGAAGGCCCUGCAGAGGAGGGCGUCAAAGAUAAAGAAAUAGUUGAUAUGUGCUCAGUGACGCACCAAGUCACCUUCAAAGCCACUUACAGAAAGGUUGAUAGUGAUUUUUGUGUGUGUGUGUGUGUGCGCGCGUGUGCGUGUGCGUGUGUGUGCUUAAACAGAUUAUUAUUUAUCUAGAUAUUUAAUAUUUAGUCUUAUAUUUAUAUUGCAACAUUGAACCUACAGUUUAUUUAUAUAUGAGUCCUUGUUUACCACACAACUGGUGAAGAAUUCUAUCCUCAAUAUUCAGGUUUUUUCUUAAACCAAAAAGACUUGAACCGAUUGAACGUAUUCCAGAUGCAACCUACUGUAAAUGCAGCAUGGAGAGGUAAUGCAAAAUGGAAGGGAAUACUAGGUACAGGGAAUCUGGGGAUUUGGGCAGGAAAAAAACAGACACAGGAAGUAAAAUUGACAUAGGAUCAAUAGAUCAGUUUAAGAAAAAUAAAAGUGAUGGGACACAGGGAACUUUUUCAAAAUAAAAACGCACAUGAGCUGCAAGAAUCCAUACCGCACUAAAAAAAUAAAUAAAAGGUCUGCACAGAUGUCUGCGAAUAUGGUGUGUGCAUUAUACUUGCCACUAAACAAAAUGUAACACUACCUGCUCACUUUGAGCACAGUUUUGUGGGAUGGUAAUAUUGUCUAAUUGCACAAACAACAUUGCAGCCCUGCAGUCUGAUAUCAAUGCCAAGCCUGCCUUCUAGUGUUCACUAUCUGAAAACACAUCUUGGAAAAACCAAAGAAGGACCAAAGAAGAAUACUUGAAAAAACUUGUUGAGUCCAACUGUCAUAGCCCACAUUAAGUUUAUUAAAACCUUCUGCCAAAUGA